AUUAUGCCAGAAAAUCCUGCAGCAGACAAGCUGCAGGUGUUGCAGAUUCUGGAGCGUCUGCAAAGAAAGCUACACGAGAAUGGAGACACUUCACAGACUGAGAAAUUGACUAUUUUGUACAAUAUACUCAGGAGUCCCUUAUUUAAUCAGAUCCUGACUCUUCAGCAGUCAAUCAAGCAACUGAAGGAACAACUCAGUUAUAUGCCUCCAGAUCGUUCAGUGGAUUUUGACUUUACUAGGAGAGGUUUGUUGGUGUUUGAUGCUGACCACCGUUCUCUUGAUAUUAAUAACCUUUAUGUGACUUGCAACAAUAAUAAUUUACCAGUAUCCAAGAUGCCUCCUCUGAUGCCCAAAUUGGCAGUGGACGAGUUUAAUUUUGCAAUCCAAAGGAUGGCCAAGGGACGGCAAAUAGAAUAUAUAGAUAUUGAGAAGCCAUUUAGUGGAGGUCUUGGAUUUAGUGUUGUUACCUUUAAAAACCAAAGCACUGGAGAAGCUGGUAUCUUUGUCAAGGAAAUCCAGCCAGGAAGUAUAGCAGCCAGGGACCAAAGGUUAAAGGAAAAUGACCAGAUACUGGCCAUUAAUCAUACUCCACUGGACCAGAAUAUAUCCCAUCAACAAGCAAUUGUGCUGCUCCAACAGUUCAUGGGUUCCUUACAUUUGGUUGUGGCUAGAGAGCUAACUCAAAGAAGCAGUAGGACCUCAUCUGCCUUCAGUGACAAUAAUUUGCCUGAGAUGAUCAAAUGGGGUCAUAUUGAAGAUGUUGAACUUGUUAAUGACGGCUCGGGAUUAGGUUUUGGAAUUGUAGGCGGGAAAUCAAUUGGUGUAGUGGUACGGACUAUUGUUCCUGGUGGAUUGGCAGAUAAGGAUGGGAGGCUCAGAACUGGUGAUCACAUCUUGGAAAUUGGAGGCACUAAUGUACAAGGAAUGAGCAGUGAGCAGGUUGCUCAAGUGUUGAGGAACUGUGGGAACUAUGUUAGGAUGGUUGUUGCAAGAGAUCCAAUGUGUGAAAUAAGUGUGACGCCACCAACCCCUUUGGCUCAGCCUGUUGGAAUGUUGACCCCUUUUCAGGACACAGAAAACGAAAUUCAGGAGGUUCAGCUGGUGAAAAAGGAUGGACAAAGCCUGGGUAUAACAAUUGUUGGCUAUACAGGAGUUUCUGACAAAGUGGAAUCUUCUGGGAUUUUUGUCAAAAAUAUAAUACCUGGCAGUGCUGCAGAACACAGUGGUCAAAUAAAAGUCCAUGACAAAAUUAUUGCUGUUGAUGGGAUUAACAUUCAGAAUCAUACCAACCAAGAAGUUGUGGAGGCAUUGCGUAAUACAGGACCAAGUGUAUACCUUACAUUGCUUCGAAAGAAACACUGUUGUACUGAUUCCCUUUCAGAAAGAGGUUUAAACAGAGUGCAGUCAAAUACCUCAGCCAUAUUCCUGUCUGGAGUUGUGGAAACUGAAACUAACUUAGAUAGUGAAAGUGAGGAAGCACAAGAGCAAAAGGAUAACUCCGAAAAUGAAAAUCAGCAGAAACUACAUACAGUGGGAGAAUUACUGGAACGCCACGAAGAUAAAUUGAAAUUUAAGUGGCAAAAAGUGCUGGGACCUGACUUUGGAGUUAUGGUUUCCACUGUGGACAUGCCUAUUGCAGAUGAUACUGAGCUACAGAAGUAUUCAAAGCUGCUGCCUAUUCACACAUUGAGGCUAGGGGUUGAACUCGAUACAUAUGAAGGACAUCAUUACAUAUCAUCAAUUGCCACUGAUGGCCCAAUUGCUAAGCUUGGUGUACUGCAGCUGGAAGAUGAACUUUUAGAGGUAAAUGGUGUUCAGCUAUAUGGAAAAUCCCGCCGUGAAGCAGUUUCAUUUCUUAGGGAAGUGCCACCUCCAUUUACUUUGGUUUGUUGUCGACGCCUGUUUGAUGAUGGUACAGAGUCCUUUGUGGAUGAGCCCGCAGCCAUUACUACUUGCUCACCAAAAUCUAAGAUGAAGUCUAAAGAUUUUGGCCCAGAGGAAGAAGAGGAGGAAGAUGCAGAGCUUGCACUAUGGUCUUCUGAAAUCAAAGUUAUUGAUCUUGUGAAAGACACUAAAAUGGGCUUAGGCUUCAGCAUAUUGGACUAUCAGGAUCCCUUAGAUCCAACACAGACAGCAAUUGUGAUCAGCUCCCUGGUGCCAAAUGGAGUGGCUGAGCGUGGGGGUGAACUUUUCCCUGGUGAUCGUCUGGUCUUUGUAAAUGAAAAAAGUUUGCACUCUUCCACUCUUCCAGAGGCUGUAGAAGUGCUGAAAUCUGCACCUCCAGGGAAUGUUCAUCUUGGAAUCUGUAAACCUUUGCUGGGAGAAAAUAGACAGCGUGCAGCUUCUUGUAUUAUGGAUCCAAAUAAUAUUUCCAGGAAUUCUGCAUUUCCAGCACCAAUCAAUAAUACUAAAUUAUCAAUACUCCUUGAAGCUCCAAAGGACUUCAGAGAUGUACCUUUCUGUAAAGAAGAACUUGUUGAUGAACCAGUCCUGGAUUUUGGGAGGCAAUUUCAGCUUUCUCAAAAUGAGACAGAUGUUGACAAGGAGGCAUGGGAAAUGUAUGAGUUUUUAAAGCCUCCAGUGAAGGAUCUUGGUGAAGACCAAGAGAUGCUAGUGGAUGAAGAGUAUUAUGUAGACCAUGAUUAUUAUGAUUGUGUGGCAUCAGAUAUAAAAGAGCUUGUUCUAUCUACUGAGGUGGACUUUGAUACUGCAGGGCAAUGGGCAAAGGAACCAGAAUUCAGUCACGAGAUGGAUAUUAGAGCUGAAAAGGCACACCAUUGCAUAUCUAGAAAAGAUAACAGGCCUGAAGAAAACAAAAAUAGCAGUUCAGUACUCCCUGGAGCCUCAGCAAAAUACAACCAAUCAAACAAUAUGCUGGAUAGUCAGGAAAUGAGUAAUGACCAUAAAGAUCCUCUAUGCAUCAACACUGAUCUUAAAGUUGCUGAAAAAAGUAAACCGAAGUCUGAAGACUGUGACUUUUCCAGUAGCCAGAAUUCUGCUCUGUCUAGAGGGCUGUCUAGUGAAUUGCCUGAAAGAGAAGAGGGAGAAGGGGAAGAAACUCCAGUAUUCAGCCACUGGGGACCACCACAAACUGUUGAAAUUUUCCGAGACCCUCAUGAGUCCCUUGGCAUCAGUAUUGUUGGGGGACAUACAGUUAUAAAGCGCCUAAAGAAUGGAGAACAGCUUAAAGGUAUAUUUAUCAAGCAAGUCUUGGAAGACAGCCCAGCAGGAAGAACAAAAGCUCUCAAAACUGGUGAUAAAAUACUUGAAGUAUCUGGAAUAGAUCUACAAAAUGCUACUCAUGAGGAAGCAGUGGAAGCUAUAAAAAAUGCAGGCAACCCCAUUGUGUUUGUUGUUCAGAGUUUGUCUACUCUUCCUAGGAUUGUUUCUGUAAUAAACCCCAAGAAAAACAAAGAUCACAGUGAUGAAGACAUAGCUGGAGAAACUGAAAAGAAGAAAAGUGGAGCACCGCCACCCAUGAAAUUGCCACCUCCUUACAAAGAACAAAAAAAGUCCAUCUCUGAGGAGACAGAGGAAGAAGAUGAGGACUUUUAUACAGAGGAGAAAAUCAGGCAAAGAUAUGCAGAUCUGCCAGGGGAGUUGCACAUUAUUGAGCUUGAAAAGGAUAAGAAUGGUCUUGGACUCAGCCUUGCUGGCAACAAGGACAGGUCUCGCAUGAGCAUCUUUGUUGUGGGCAUCAGUCCAGAUGGCCCAGCAGGAAAAGAUGGAAGAAUGCGCAUUGGAGAUGAACUUCUAGAGAUAAAUAACCAGAUCUUGUACGGAAGAAGUCACCAAAAUGCUUCUGCAAUAAUUAAGACUGCCCCAUCAAAGGUCAAACUGGUAUUCAUACGUAAUGAUGAUGCGUUUAACCAGAUGGCUGUUGCUCCUUUCCCAUUACCCUCUAGCUCCCAGUCUUCCAUUGAGAAUGUUGGUAACGAGACAGAAAAAGAUAUGAUGGAGAAUCAGCAAGUUCUGUCAGAACAACCAGAAAAUUUCCGCAAUCAAUUAAAGCAAUCCAAGUCUUCAGCAGUAAUCCCCAUCAGUUUACAUGAGAUAUCUUUGACGCCUGCACCAUCGUUUUCUCCAGAGACAGAAUUCAGCACCCAAAGCAGCUUUCCACCACCUUUGGUACUACUGGAUCCAGCAACAUGCCCAAUAGUUCCUGGCCAAGAAAUGACUAUAGAAAUAUCUAAGGGACGAUCAGGCCUUGGCCUCAGCAUCGUAGGAGGGAAAGAUACACCACUUGAUGCUAUUGUUAUCCAUGAAGUUUAUGAUGAAGGGGCAGCUGCUAGAGAUGGUCGACUUUGGGCUGGGGAUCAAAUUCUUGAGGUUAAUGGCAUCGACUUGAGGAAUGCUAGUCAUGAAGAAGCUAUCACAGCCUUGAGACAGACUCCUCAGAAAGUGCAACUGGUUGUUUACAGAGAUGAAGCUCAUUAUAAAGAUGAAGAGAAUUUGGAGAUUUUCCAUGUAGAGCUACAAAGGAAAAUGGGUAGAGGAUUAGGGCUAAGUAUUGUUGGCAAAAGAAACGGAAGUGGGGUAUUUAUCUCUGAUAUCGUCAAAGGAGGAGCUGCAGACCUUGAUGGGAGACUAAUUCAAGGGGACCAGAUCUUGUCUGUCAAUGGGGAGGAUGUAAGACAUGCUUCACAAGAGGUUGUUGCCACUAUUCUCAAGUGUGCUCAAGGGCUUGUGCGGCUAGAGAUUGGACGACUUAGAGCUGGAUCUUGGCUGUCUUCACAGAAAACAUCUCAAAACAGCCAGAUAGGCCAACACACCAUUCAUGGUCACUUUCACCCUACAUUUGCUCCAGUUAUCUCCACCUUACAGAAUUUUGUCAGUGCUAAAAGAUCAUCUGCUGAUUCCUCUCAUAAAAACUCAGUUGGAGCAGAUAUGGGUCCAAGGACUGUGGAGAUUACAAGGGGACUGAAUGAUGCUCUUGGUAUCAGUAUAGCUGGUGGCAAAGGGAGCCCAUUGGGAGACAUUCCAAUCUUUAUUGCCAUGAUUCAAGCCAGCGGAGUAGCAGCACGUACACACAAGCUCAAAGUGGGAGAUCGGAUUGUCAGUAUUAACGGGCAGCCUUUGGAUGGGCUGUCUCACGCUGAUGCAGUUAAUCUACUGAAGAAUGCUUAUGGGAGCAUUAUCCUGCAGGUUGUUGCUGAUACUAACAUCAGUGCCAUAGCCAGCCAGCUAGAGAGCAUGACCGCUGGCACUAAUCUGAGUCCACCUAUCAAACACCAUCCUGAGGAUCUAGAAGCACCUCAGCCUAAAAUUAUUGUGUUGGAGAAAGGCUCAGAUGGAUUGGGAUUUAGUAUUGUAGGAGGCUACGGAAGCCCCCAUGGAGACCUCCCCAUUUAUGUCAAGACCAUUUUUGCAAAGGGAGCAGCUGCAGAUGAUGGCAGACUGAAGCGUGGUGAUCAGAUUUUAGCUGUUAAUGGAGAGUCUCUGGAAGGCGUGACUCAUGAGCAAGCUGUCGCUAUUCUGAAGCACCAGAAAGGGACUGUAACACUAACUGUGUUGUCAUGAGCUUUGCUGCAAAUGCAGUCUGGGCUGGAUGCAAUUAUUUCUGAGCAUUGCUAGAGCUGCUAUAAAAUGGUACACAGUCCUUCCUAAGUAAGAUGAAAACCCAACACCAGCUAAAAUUAGUGCACAUUAAUCCUGUUGCCUGUGAGGUUUUCAUCCUUUAUAGAGGUUCAUUUUGUCUGGUGACUGACAAUAAUUGUGGAAUCAUUCUGUCCACUAGUGCUUCCUUGAAUGUUCAUCAUCUCUGCAAAGUUGUUCCUGCUUUACAUCUACCAGUAGGAAGUAUAAGCAUUGAAACUAGAACUCACAUGUCCACAAAAAGGGAUUUAGUUCACUGCUGGAUUACAUCCAAUGGGAAGAAAGAAAUGCUGACUUUUCAUCUCAUUCAUGGUUUGCUUAUGCUAAUUGUCUUUUCAACUAUGUCAGAAAACAUUAAAAUGGAAUUAAAUUACUGCCAUUCAAAAUGAUGAACUAUCAAAUUCUCCUAUGGGAAAUUAAUUAUAUAUCAAGUUCUAAUGAUGAAAUGCCCGCCUUCUUGACUAAUCUUCCUGGGGUUGAUGUACAUAUGUUACUGGUAAUAAUGAUGAGUCAGUUUGCAGCCUCUCCUCAGUUUGCAUUGGUCAUGUUUCAAGUUCUCUGUCUCCCUCAAAUUCUUUUGAUCGAUUGACAAGAACAUAAUGAAAAGGGUACUUCGUGGACUCUAAAGCUCAACCCUGUGGAUGCUGCAGAAGACACCUUGGUUUGGAACAGGGCUAGUCAUUAUUAUCUAUAAUGAUAAGACAGCAACAAAGAGUAAAGAAAACUUGGUGGCUCCAAUAACUCAUAGUCAGUUUUGCAGUACAAUGUCUCAUUAAUCAGCAAAGUGACAAUUUAUGUCCAAAGCCUGUAACUUCUUUAUGUUUUAUUGUAUGAUUCAGGUAGAAUACAGUAAUAUUCAUUUUGAUUGUCUGGAAUAAAUUAUAUAUGUGAAAUUGGUCAAAGGUGAAGAAGCACUAAUCAAAGGAAAAGUGGUUGUGUCCAGUGUUCCCUCUAAGCUGAGUUAGUGUGAGCUAGCUCACAGUUUUUUAGCC